AUGAUCACAAUUCGGUCUAGUCGCGAUGAAGAUAUUCAUCGUAUUACUGAAAUCUAUAGUUAUUAUGUCUUGAACACAACAUACACAUUCGAAAUUGACCCACCAUCAGCUGAAGAAAUGACGAAACGACGAAUCGAUGUUCUAAGCAAACAUUUACCUUACUUAGUUGCUGAACAAGAUGGUUUAGUUGCGGGUUAUGCGUCCUGUAAUUGGUUUAAGCCACGCGCAGCUUAUCGUUUUGCAGCUGAAUUGUCAAUUUUUCUGCAUCAUGAUGCCUGUGGAAAAGGUCUCGGUCGACAAUUAUUGAAUGCUUUAAUCGAAAAAGCUGAGCUGGCAGGUAUUCGAAAGCUGAUCGCGGUUAUUGGCGACUCGAAAAAUGAAAGAUCUCUUGCUCUGCAUCGAGCAGCUGGCUUUUCUCACGUGGGCACUUUCAAGUCAUGUGGGUGGAAGUUUAAUCGGUGGCUCGAUGUUUAUCUUAUGGAUAAAACCAUAGGAGAAGGUGGUACUACUCCUCCCGAAUGA